AUGACAUCGAUUGAAAUAAACCCCUCCCUCUUCGCCUCGGCAUCCAACAAAACAGUACUAAUAACAGGCGCAGCCCGCGGCAUUGGCGCUGCAACAGCAGCAUUAUUCAACCAACAAGGCGCAAACAUCGUUCUAACAGAUCUUCUUCAGUUCAAGGAUAUUGCAAAUGAGCUAAUAAGCACAUUCACAUAUCCCGAUCGUGCAAUCUUCGCACCUGCAAAUAUAGUAGACUGGAGCCAACUCUCAGCUGCAUUCAAAAGUGGGAUACAGCGAUUCGGCGAGAUUGAUAUCGUCAUUGCUAACGCAGGGAUUAUGGAGUCGAGUCCUAUCCUUGAUUUUGACAUUGAUGAGAAUGGGGACUUAAAGGAGGAUGAAGAGGGUGGGAGGGUCAUUGAUGUUAAUUUGAAGGGAACGUUGAAUACUCUUCGUCUGGCCCUCUUCUACCUACAAUCAUCCCAAACACUCAGUGCAUCCACAACGAAAUCCAUUAUUCUUCUCGGAUCAACAUCGAGCUACUUUGGUGGGACGGGCGUCACGGCAUACGUCGCUUCUAAGCAUGGAGUCCUAGGUUUACUACGUGCGUCUCAAUCACGAGCGGCGGAACUGGGUAUUCGGGUUAACGCUAUUGCGCCAUUCUUAACACCUACGCAGAUCACGGCUGGGUUUGCGGAGCGUUGGAGAGAGGAGGGGCUGGAGGAGAAUACGCCUGGACGAGUUGCUAGUGCCAUUGCUUAUGUUUCGUUGGAUGAGAGCAGAAAGGGGGAGUGUAUUUUGGUUGCUGGAAGUUAUCUACGUGAGAUGGAGAGUUCGAGGACAAAGCUCCUUCCUACGUGGAUAGGGAGUGACCUUGUGGACUUUAUGGCUCGGGCCAUGCAAUUUUUUGUUGGAAUUGGGGGAUAUGUACUCCCGAAGAAGUACUAG